GACUUCGAACCAAUUCAGUCAUUCAAAACAAACGAAGGGAGAAGUGAAAAUCCCUCACAGCCGCCAUCGUUCCGGUCAUUCUCGAAGUUCCGCUGCAAUGGCAUCCCGAAAAGGCGGAGUCUCUCUCCCGGAACGGCGAGGGUCCAAGGCCGAAGGCAACAAAAAUGGCAUAAUCUCCAGGUUCUACCAGUCUUCAGCGGUGACUCGAGGAAGAGAGGCUGCUUCUAACGCCGUCUUCGUCUCCAAGAAGCUCCUCCGGAGCACUGGAAAAGCUGCCUGGAUCGCCGGCACCACUUUCCUCGUCCUUGUCGUCCCUCUCAUCAUCGAAAUGGAUCGCGAGCAGCAGCUGAACGAGCUCGAGCUCCAGCAAGCUAGCCUUCUUGGAGCCCCUUCUGUUGGCCCGCCGCUUAAGUGAGUUGUUGGUCGCGUCGAUACUUGAUGGAGGCCCAUCGAUGAAAUUUCUGGUGCUGGAGAUAAUUGGGGAAGGUUUCUCAAUCAUGGACAUUUUGGGCUCUCUUUGUCCAUUUAUAAAAAGCAAAA